AUGUUAAGAACAGUGAUAUUAAGAACUGAUGUUAAGAACAGUGAUAUUAAGAACAGUGAUAUUAAGAACAGUGAUAUUAAGAACAGUGAUGUUAAGAACAGUGAUGUUAAGAACAGUGAUAUUAAGAACAGUGAUGUUAAGAACAGUGAUAUUAUGAACAGUGAUAUUAAGAACAGUGAUAUUAUGAACAGUGAUAUUAAGAACAGUGAUAUUAAGAACAGUGAUGUUAAGAACAGUGAUGUUAAGAACAGUGAUGUUAAGAACAGUGAUAUUAAGAACAGUGAUGUUAAGAACAGUGAUGUUAAGAACAGUGAUAUUGAAGUUAAGAACAGUGAAGUUAAGAACAGUGAUGUUAAGAACAGUGAUGUUAUUGAUGAUGUUAAGAACAGUGAUGUUAGGAACAGUGAUGUUAAGAACAGUGAUUUUAUGAACGGUGAUGUUAAGAACAGUGAUGUUAAGAAUAGUGAUGUUAAGAACAGUGAUGUUAAGAACAGUGAAGUUAAGAACACAGUGAUGUGUAAUGUUAAGAACAGUGAUGUUAAGAACAGUGAUGUUAAGAACAGUGAUGUUAAGAACAGUGAUGUUAAGAACAGUGAUGUUAAGAACAGUGAUGUUAAGAACAGUGAUGUUAAGAACAGUGAUGUUAAGAACAGUGAUGCUAAGAACAGUGAUAUUAAGAACAGUGAUGUUAAGGACAGUGAUGUUAAGAACAGUGAUGUUAAGAACAGUGAUGUUAAGGGCAGUGAUGUUAAGAACAGUGAUGUUAAGGACACAGUGAUGUUAAGAACAGUGAAGUUAAGAACACAGUGA